UUAAACAAAUACAAUACAGUGUUCUUAGGCCUUAGCCAUAUGUUUCUCGGUCCAUGUUUUACAAAUUAAAUUAAAAACCCCUUUUUUUCUUUAAUCUCUUCCGUUAUUUACUCUAAAAUGAGAUGAAAUCCCCAACUUUCUAACUUGUUUUCCUAACUCGCCGCAAUUUUGUUUUACAUAAUCAUCCCUAACCUCUUCAAUGUCUUUCGUUUCAUUUCGUUGUACUAGUUUAAAUCUAUCCCUCUUAAUCUUAAUCAAUCCCCACUUUCUUAAAUAAAGGAACACCUCUGUUGAAUCUCUCAUGCCACAAAUCACCGCUCGCAUCAUGAUGAAUUUAAGGAUCAACCGCCGGCAGCCACACAAAACAAUUCUUGAUCUUGUCCUUCGUGGUUGUUAGUAGAUCGAUUUACUCUAUUGUCUGGUUAGAUUUAAUCAAAGGAGACGAGAAUAUUAGCCGGAACUGAAGGAAUUUUUUUGUUCCUACAUAUCUUCUUUGUUCUUGUUAGAGAGCUCCUUAAACCACUAAUUCUACCAACCAACCACUAAUGAGAAAUACUUGGGCUUGCCUACGAUCAUUGGGAAGUCGAAGAAAGUGGUCUUUGCAAGCAUUAAGGCGAGAAUCUGGAAAAAGCUCCAAGGGUGGAAGGAGAAAUUAUUAUCUAGGCCCGGAAAGGAAACUUUGAUAAAAGUCGUUGCUCAAGCUAUACCGACGUACAUGAUGAGUAUUUUAAAAAUACCGGAUGGUCUACUGGACGAGGUUCAUGCUAUGUUGGCAAGGUUUUGGUGGGGGUCGAAUGGAACUACUUGGAGAAUGCAUUGGCACAGCUGGGACCAUCUGUGCAAACCCAAGGCAAUGGGGGGUAUGGGGUUUAGGGAUAUGAAGGUUUUCAACCAAGCUUUACUCGCCAAACAAUUAUGGAGACUCUACUCAAACCCAAAUCCACUGCUGCUCUCUGUAUUAAAAGCACGCCAUUUCAAGCACGACUCGAUUCUGGAGGCCUAUAGAGGGUAUGACCCGAGUUACUCGUGGCGUAGUUUGCGGGGAGCGAAAAGUUUGCUGUUGGAUGGCCUUAAGUGGCGGGUUGGGAACGGUUCUAUGGUGCGAGUAUGGCAGGACUCUUGGCUCCCUGGCACUCCUACAUCCGCAGCUCCUUCCCAUGGACCUAUCUAUGACCCGACACUGAUGGUUGCAGACCUGAUAAACUUUGAAAGGAAAAGAGUUAGAUGGAUAUGGGCACGACAAGGCCUUGAGACUUUCUCUCAAGGUUUUCUCUCAGUGCAAGUUAGCUUAACUUGCGCCGUAGCCAUGGCAAGGAAAAAUGGCUCGAAAACUCAAGGCAAAACGAAAGGCAAUGGUAAUGGCAAAGCGAGAGGACUUUCUUCUGAUUCUCAAGCGUUGAAAACACGUUCAAAGGAUGAAGUGUUGGGGGUAGAGGCGAUCGAUUUUGAGCUUGAGAAUGAGGUUUUUACCCCAAUUAAACUAAGAGUUUUAGAAUCUUAAAUAGUUGUUGGAAAUUUAGAAAACAUGGAUAAUAAUUUAGUUCUCUUAUUUUGUUUAUUGGAGUUGAUUUCUAGUGAGUCGUGAUUCGCACAUUGGCCCCCGUACUUAGGUAUUCCAGGUACGUACAAGACUAGGGUGACCACCCAUCCCUUGAGGACUUUGUGAAGUGAAUUGAAUGCGAAUCAUGUGAACUUAUAUGUUGUUAUGAAUUCAUGUUUGAUGAUCGGGAAUGAAUAUGUUAUUAUGAAUUCAUGUUUAUUGUUGAG